AUGGCGACCAAGAACAAAGAAAUCGAAUCGUAUGCCUCGCUGCUAAAGUCUUGCGGAGAGUCGAGAGAUUUAGCCGAGGGAAAGAGCGUGGUUGUAUGCAUUGCCAGGAGCAAGUAUAGGAGGAAUGUUUAUCUCGCCAAUCUCACCAUUGAGAUGUAUGGCAAGUGUGGAUGCCUGGAGCGCGCACAACACGUCUUUGACGCCUUGGUAGCUCCAAAUUCCCACUCCUGGAAUAUUCUCCUCACGGCAUAUGCCCAAAAUGGGCAUAUCCACGAGGCGAUGCUUUUGUUCGAGAGAAUGGCAGUGAGAGAUGCUGUGUCCUGGACAGUGAUGCUCAAAACCCUGGCCCAGCAUGGCCGGAUCGAGCUAGCAAUGCUACUCUUCCAAAAGAUUCCACACAAGGAUCAAGUCGCAUGGAAUGUUCUCCUCUCGGCUCUUUGCGAUUCUUCGAAUCCGCUCCAGGCCGUGGACUUCUUCGAUAAGAUGCCCAAGAAGGAUUCUGUGUCGUGGAACACGAUGAUCACGCUCUAUGCCCGAGCUGGAGAGAUCAAUCAGGCAAUAGAUAUGUUCAAAGGAACUCCAUUUCGUGACACCGUAUCAUGGAAUAUUGUAAUAGAAUCUCUCGCUCACCAUGGAAUGAUCGCCCAAGCAUUCGAAAUGUUCCAAAAGAUGCCAAAUCCAAACGUUAUCACCUGGACCAUCCUCGUAACGGCAUAUGCCCAGCUUGGGAAUAUGCAACAGGCACAUUCCCUGUUCGAGAAGAUGCCGUGCCCCAACGUGGUGACGUGGACGGUCAUGGUCCUGGGAUAUUCUCGUGUUGGGAAUCUUUCCAAGGCAAGGGCAAUGUUCGACCAGAUGCCGCAACGAAACGUCAUCGUCUGGAACAUCUUGGUGACGGCAUAUGCCAAUAGAGGGCAUAUUCGCGAGGCGGAGAUUCUAUUCCAGAAAAUACCCGAGAAGAACGUGGUGUCGUGGACGGCCAUGAUCGCAGCUCAUGCCCGGAAUGGCGCGGGAAUGGACGCCAUCCGGAUGUUCAAGCUCAUGGAUCUAGAGGGCUUACAACCAGAUAAGGCAACGUUUCUCACAGUUCUCGAUCAAUCCAUCGUCUACAGCGAUCUUGGAUUGGGGAAAUUGGUCCACUCCACAUUCGCGAAUCUAGGGCUCGAGCAAGACGCUGGAAUCGGCAAUGCGCUGGUGGAGAUGUACGGAAAAUGGGGCAGCGUGGAGGAGGCCAGGUGUGCGUUUGAGAGCACAGUCACGCCGGAUACCGCCACGUGGAACUCGCUGAUUGGCGCGUGCGCACAGAGUGGGCAUGCCACGGAGGCGCGCGAGCUCUACCGGCUUAUGACAUUGGAGGGAAUCCCGCCCAAUGGGCUGACGUUCAUGGCCGUCCUCUCGACGUUUAGCCGCGUUGGUCUCCUCGACCAAGCGCGUGAUCAAUUCGUGUCGAUUCACAGCGAUUUCGAUCAGAUUCCACUUCUAGAACACUACCAGUGUAUGAUCGAUCUCCUGGGUCGAUCCGGAUGGCUCAAUUUCGCGGCGCAGCUCGUCGAUUCCAUGCCCUUCGAGGCCGAUUUCGUGACGUGCAUGGCGCUGCUCUUCGCGUGCCGGGUUCACGUGGACGUCACACGUGGCAGGGACGUGGCGGAGAGGGCCUUCCAGCUGGACCCGGAGAAUCCCAUGCCGUACGUCGUGCUGUCCAGUAUAUACUCUGAGUACGGCGCCAAGAGGGCCGUCCGAUCGUUUCGUGAGAGGUGCAGCGGUCCACGUCGGCAUUCCAAACGGCCAUUGGUGGCACGUUAA